CGAAUAAGGCUCUGAUUGAUUAUUUUCAUUCAAUAUGUGAUAUUUUGUUUAUGUAUAUAUAGUUAAUUACUCUUAGCUGUUUUAUUGUAUUUUAUUUUGCGGAGGGAUAUAUUACCGUCAGUAAAGGCAACAACACGCGCUGCUGUCUGUCGAUGGAUAUAGUGUUAAUGUUUGUGGUGCUAGUAGUUUGUGUUAACGGCAGGAACGACAAGGACAACUAUCCGAAUGCUGGAUAAUCUGAUUUUAUUUAUAAAAUCAGGGCCUAACUUCGAUGGAAUACACUUUGACAUUUUGAUUUACGGAACUUCAGGUAAGUUGUUUUAAAAUGCCUUUGCUGGGGAAGAUAGUCGUGAUCAAAAGACAUGGAGGUGGAGAUGGGACUGAAUUUCCCCUCACAGCGUCCUGCAUGUUUGGAAGGAAGCUGGACUGUGAUAUUCGUAUUCAGCUGCCGCAGGUGUCUAAAGAGCACUGUAAAAUAGAGCUGAACGAGAACAAAGAGCUCAUUUUGACCAAUUUAAGCUCUGUGAACCCCACACGUAUUAAUGGACAGGUUAUUAAUCAAUCUGAGCGGUUAAAGCAUGGUGAUCUCAUCACAAUCAUUGAUCGUUCUUUCAGGUUUGAGUACCCCCCUCCCAAGACACCGAAGAAGAAGAGGCUGUCUACGGCUGGAAAAGACAAAACCGUUCAGGUUUUGCAAGACCAGCAGGAAAAAAGCACACCCGUUCAUGCAGAGAAGAGGAAGUCGGAGCAUUCAUUUGACACUUGUUUAAAAGAUGGGUCAAAUUUACUGCCAUCUGUGGAUCAAUCUGUUGAAAAUGAACCAGAAGAUGGGAAAAUUAAAAAGGACAGUAUGUCACCUUUUUGUGAGCUCUACCAAAUGGUCAAACAAGACCUUGUUGCGAAAUCACCAUGGAAAUCUGAGCAACCAAAAACACCACUUGCAAGACCUCAUGUUGAUCAUGAGGAAGCUCCCGCUGCAGAUGUUAAAAGUAACCCUGAACCGGUCACAACUCCAUCUACCAAGAAGCGAAGAUCCUUGAAAUCCAGUUCUGAAGAUAUUACUGGACCAACUAUCCCUCAGAGCUCAUUUAAUGCAAAUCAGGAAGAGAAAUCUGCUGAUGAAAUGCUGUCUGUAGGGUCUGCCACCCCCUCAACAUUGACAGAGAAAGGUGUAACUCCUGUCUCCCAGAAGAAGAGAACACCCUUGAAAACGCCUCAGAAGUUCAGUGCUGGUGAGGUUGUCCAGCAAAUUCUCUUAGAGCCUCAGCCUGAGGAGAAAACUCCCAAAUCCCCAAAAGGAAGGAGAAGUGCUGGAUCACAGGAUCAGAGCCUUGAUCUCCAAAUGCCUUUUGACGAGCCUCAGACUCCAGGCUCAAUAGGCAAGAACACUGAAGUGAAAAUGUCACCAAGAACAUCCCCAAGAUCAAAUGCCGGCAAAAGGUUUCAAGUCCAAGGUACUCCACAUGAGAUUAAGGCUACAACAUCAAGUUCUAAGAAUAAAGAUGGUACUUCAAUUAAUGAGCUGUGCAGCGAAAACAAAUCUCAAACCGAAGUAACAGUUCCAAAAGCAAAGAGAAAGCGAGUGUCCUUUGGUGGACAGUUGACCCCUGAGCUAUUUGACAAACGCCUGCCCCCGAAUUCCCCCCUCCGCCGUGGGGCAACUCCACGAUACAGUUUGGGACCUUCCCAGAAACCUCAAUCUCUCCUACGACGAGCAUCCACCAUUGGUCUUUUGGCUCUUCGACUUGAGGAAACUGCUCCAGAUGUUCAAAGUAGUUCUCCGAAGAAAGCUUCACCUAAACGCGCUGCGAAGAUUCAGUCACCUGCCAAAAAGUCACCGAGUAUCAAGGCUAAAACUCCAUCACCAAAACAUCAAAAGUCACCAUCUGCUCCACCCAAGGUACCUGCAACAUCCUCUACUCCUGCCACACCCAAGACACCUGCAUCUGCUAGAAGAGCAUCAACUUCAGCUGUUGAGGCUGCCAGUGACAUGUCUUUAACUGAGACACCCAGGGUCCAGGGGAGGUUUUCAGUCUCUCGUAUCAGCACUCCAUCGCCUGUCCAGGACCAGGAGGAGAAGUCUGAAGUACAGUCUACCAUUGUAGAAGACAUGCCUCAGAAUUGCGUAACACCAAAGAUACCCUUAAGGAGGAAGAGCAUGAAGUCUUCUGCAAGAAAAACUCCUAAGAGUACAAUUAAAAGUGCACUUGAUGUAAUUCGUUCAAGACGCAGUGGAGCAUCACGGGCUAAUCUAAAAGUGUUGACUUCUUGGGCCGACAUUGUGAAGUUUGGUCAGAUCAAACCUCAAACAGAAGUUACAACUAAGAAAAAACCCGCAAAGAGCAAUGUAGUCAAAAGAAAUGUGGUGUCAAAACCCAAGACACCUGCACGGAGGUUGAAGGAUGAUAUCAGCACUGGGCAUGCAGCAUCUCCAGUCACCAUUGUUGUUGGCAAAGCUCAUGUGAGGACUAACCAGUCUAUUGGUGCUGCACCUAAAAUAGUCACCAACAUAGCACUAUUCAAGAAGGACAUGAAAAUGGAUGAGGACUUUACAGGUGUUGCAGACAUUUUCAAAACGCCAGCCAACAGAAGGUCUAAGAAAAUGGUUCCCAUAAACGAUGAAUGUCCUGAGAUGCCUUUGGAUGAGAUUUCAGUCAUGAGAACACCAGAAGAAUCGGGUGAAAUGAUUGUCUCUCCAAUAAGUGUUAUCUCCACUGCCAAAUGUGGACAGUACAACAAUGAAGCAGUUACACGACUUCUUUUGGACAACCAGGAUGGUAGUUUGUUGGGCGAUGAAGGUCUUUCUCAACUCAGUGACAACUCAAAUGAGGCAAGUGGCCAUGACAUCAUUCCAGAUCAAGAGAUGUCCCCCAAUGACCAAACAGAGGAAGAGGCUGCCCCUGAAAUGGUAGUCAAAACCCCAAAGCAGAAAGCAGCACCAUCCUUGUGCCUCACUGGAGUAAAGCGACUCAUGAAGACACCCAAGCAAAGGGGUCAACCAAUUGAAGACUUAAGAGGAAAGCUGCUCAAGACCCCCAAGGAAUCUAAACCUCCCCAGGAAGAAAGUCUGGAAGGCAUUAAGGAACUCCUAAAGACUCCCAAAUACAGGGGAGUUCCAGUAGAAGACAUGGUUGGAGUGAAAAGAGUGAUGCAGACCCCAAAAGAAAAGAACAACCCUGUACUGUGUGCAGCUGGUCUUCAGAGGCUUAUGAAAACUCCCAAAGAAAAGUCAGAGCAACAUGAAGAACUUGAGGGUUUAAAAGAUUUGAUGAAAACACCUAAAUUAAAGGGAGACCUGGAGGAGAAUCAGUUCGGACUGAAAAGGUUGGUGAAGACACCUAAACAGAAGAGAAAUCAAGUCGAAGAGGACCUAUCUCAUGUUGAACUGAUGAAGACCCCUAAACAAAAAGAACCAGUUGAAGAUCAAAUGGGUAUUCAAAGGCUGAUGCAGACUCCCAAAGAGAAGGUUGAACCUGUAGAGAACUUGGCUGAUGUAAAGCAGUUAAUACAGACCCCUAAUCAGAAAGAAGAACCUUUCAGCAAUCAGUUGGUAAUCGGUAAACUGAGGACCCCUCAACAUGGAGUGAUGGCAGAGGAAGUUAUCACUGGCUUUAAAGAACCUGAAAAUAACUCUGGCCUGACAACAGAAAAUGGUCUGACUGUGUCUACUGAGAUACAAGAGCCUCUUCAAGCAGAGGAAAGUAGUACUGCAUUCGUGCCAGCUGAAGAUCUCGAUGAGGAAUGCGACAAAGAAAAUGUCUGUCCAGUUGAAACCAUGGAGACUGAAGUGGAUUCCCAGUGCACCACUGAAGUCAUUGAUUCUAUUCACAGUGAUGUAGAGGCUGAUGCUGUUAUCCCCCAGGAAACGCAUCCUGACAACUUUAAAGAGGAGUCGGUUUCAGUUGAAGCAAUUGAUGUCUGUUUUUCUGGGACUGAUGAAAAAAAUGAAGAGCAGUCUGAAGAAACUCUGUGUACCUCUGAAAAUAGCGCAACAGUUGAAGCUACUCCAGCAUCAUCCACUGCUGAGGAAGAGGAAGGGGAGAUAAUCAAGUCUUCACUUGCCAACAAAAUUCAACGUGGCAGUCGAGGCAGAGUGCCACAGAAAUCCAAAAACGACAAGGUCAAACCUCCUGCUGUGUUGUCAGUGACUGAAGAGACAAAUAUAAACAGUCCACUUCCCUCUUGCCCUGCCAGAGGAAGGAGAGGCAAGAAGCUUCUCGAAGUUCCAGAAGUCACCGCCAGCCCAGUCAGAAAAUCUGCCCGUGGUAGAAUUCCCAAGCACCACUUUGUUGGUGAAGAGGAAAAGAGCACUGAGGCUUCUCAAGUUCCUGUAGACUCCAUGAAAACUGAGAGACCAGACUCCCUACCAGUAGUUACCAAAACCAGGAGAGGAAGAAAAGCUAAACAAGAUGAUGUUGCAAUUGAGCCCAUUGAUGACACAAAUGCUGGUGACCUACAAUGUCCUGAUGCACCUGCAAAUGAAGAGCUUGUCCAAGCCCCUGUUGUAAAACCUGGGAGGAGAAAGAAAAUAGAUAAAACGGAAAGCCAUACUUCAGAAGAACUUGAACAGAAAACACCUGAAAUUGUUUGCGAGGUAAAUGCUGUUGCACCAGUUGGUGUCAAAUUGUUGGCUUCACCAGUUACUGAGACUGUCUCUGCAACAAGAGCUAGGAAAGGAAGGCCACCAAAGAAGGAGCAGUUGAAAACUGAGCCAACCCCUACUUUGGAAAAUGAAACAACCAGCACUCAUGCAGCUGUAGUGGCUGAGAAGCCACUGAAACCUGUAGCAAAGUCAGGGCGAGGAAGGAAGGUUAAAGAAAUUGUCAAGGAGCAGCUCUUGGAUAAUGACGAUGCCAUGGUUGUUUCUCAAACUGUGGCAGAGGUGAAUGCUGAACAAGAUAAGCCUGAAGCACCUGUGGUCAAGUCUGGCAGAGGACGAAAGGCCAAACAGCAGAAACCACAGAUGGCUGAAGAGGUUGUUGACCAACCAGCUGUAGAUACCAGCACACUUUUACCUGUGACCGAGGAACACUCUGAAACAGUGGUGAAAUCUGUGAGGGGAAGUAGAAAGACAAAGCAGUCCAAGGUGACAGUUUCAGUUGUGACCGAGGAGAACAUUGUCAGCCAUGUUGAACAAGCAGAGACCCCUGUUGUGAAAUCUGGUCGUAAAAGGGCUGUUAUUGCAAAGGAAACAGAAGUGGAGGCAGAAGUUCCUGUCAAAAGAGGUCGCCGUGCUGUUGCAAACCCUGCACCAUCAGUUGCUGUGGUGUCCAGCCGUGGACGUAAAGCGGCUGCCAAGGCAGAGUCAGAGGUUACUGAGGAUGUAGCUUCAUCAGAAGAGCCAGCUAAACCCGUUAAACAUACCAGGCGAGCAGCAAAAGUACCUGAAUCAAAGAGAAAAGAAUAUUCCAUGACACAGGCAGGUUCUGAAUUGGUUGCUGCUGAGAAUACAGCAAUUGUGGCACUGGAGAAGGUGGGAAGAGGUAGCCGUGGCAGAAAACAGAAGGAUUCAACUAAAGACAUCCCUAACAACCCAAUCAAUGAAUCUUCUAAAGCCGAGAAAGCUAGUGAUAUUAAACCCUCAAAAACUGUUAACUGGAACCCAGAUUUGGUGGUCUCUAAAGACAUUGAAGAGAGCGAACCUUCUGCAGAUGUAGAACAACAGCAGCAGAAGAAAUCUAAAAGGUUAGGCAAAAUACCAGCUGAGACAUCCUCCACUUCAAAUCAGUCAACUGAUCUGCCACCCAGGGGCCGCAGAGGAGCCAAAAAAGAGGAACAUCCAGUUGAAGAAGUUCCGAUAAAAAUCAAGCCAUUGAGGGGAGGAAAGGCAGUGGGCUCUGCUGCACCUAAAUCAGAUCUCAGUGAUGGUAAGGCAUCAACUCCCCUCAAAAGGAAAAAGAAUGAUUUGCUGGAGGUAACUGAUGAGGCGUCAAAUAAGGAACCUUUGCCAAAGAAAAGAGGCAGAGUAGCCACCAGCACUAAAGUUGCAGCUGAGGUCUCCAGCAAAGAGAAAAUGCCUGUUGCUGAACCAGAAAAGGCUGAGGUUAUUCCCAAGAAAGCUGGUAAUAGAGCUGUUAGAGGGCAGAAGAAGACAGCCCAGGAACCAGAGCCAGCACCUGCUCAGGAGUCUCUUUCAGGGACCACCACUCGAAGAGGAAGAAAUGUUAAAAAAGUAGAGGAAGUGGACAUCUCUACUGAGGCAGCUCCCGUCAGGCGUACCAGGAGGAAGUGAAGCACUGGUCUUAAUCUUCAAAUCUCAGAAAAAAAAGUUUUAGUUUUAUAUGUUUGUACUAUUUCAUUAUGACAUUUUUCUAUAAAUUUCUCAGUGUAAUUUUAGCUAUUUUUAUUUUUUUAGUGAAGUGUUUGUGUACACUUAUCGAAAGUUUUAAUUCAAGAAAAUGUUUAAAGAAUGUUUCCACUGUUGAAACCGUAAACUUCCCUCCAAAGCAGUUAUCUUCUAUAUUCCCUUUUGUGUUCUUUUGUUUUAGAAAUGUAUUAAAAGAAUAAAAUAAGCGAGGUGGUAAAAAACUUUGCUUUAGCUGUCACAACCUUCUAUGUAAUGUGGGUUAGUGGUGUUACAUGUUUGAUGUGACAUGCUUGAAAUUUUUCAUUAAAAAGAUAUUUGUAACCUCA